UGCUCAAAGCAUAUAUUCCGCUAACAUGGAUUAGGAGGAUUUAGGUCCGUCAUUGGAUACCCAGAAGAAAAAAUAUUGGAGCGAGGACUCGAUUUCGAAAAAGCUAGAACUCAGAGCCGUAAAAAAAGAGGAAGAAAAAAAAAUAUAGCAUAAUAGUUAUCUGUGGUUACAGAACAAACAUUCUAAUCAGUAAUCACUAAUUUUAAAAACAAGUUUAUAAAAUAAAAAGCAAUAAGCCAAAAUCAAAAGGCAGUAAGUACUUUUUCAACAAAUAAAAUGAAUAAUUCUGCUGCAAAGGUUGGUGAAAUAUUUACUGAGGCAGGUGCAGCUUUUAAUAAAUUGGCGGAAAUGACAAUGAUGCUCCAUCCAAUGGCGGAACACCAACUUAGUUCCCAGUCAAAAACACCAGUUAAAAGGAAAGUCCAAGAGGAACGAAUAGUACCUAUAAGCAGCAGUAGUUCAGGCCAGGUAACUCUUAACAUGCUGAACGCUUCUGAAACUGAAAUGGAUGUGGAAGGACUUGGUAAUGAUGUGAAACUAGAAUUUGAAUCAAGCACAGAAGAAGUAACAACUUGUGAUAAAAUUAUAACAGACAUGUGCACCUCAUUUCGGAUAGCCGUCGUAUCUGUGCUCUGUGUGGUCGUCGCCUCCGCUAAUGUUCGUGGACCCCGAAGAUCCCGGCGAAUGGAUGUGGAUGAUUACUCACACAAUGAAAUCGACAGUGGUAGAGCAGAUGAAAGCUCUUGGUGGCCUUCAGCAGAGUUCGCCAUUUUACAGAAAGUUUACGACGAUUGCAGUUCGCAAAAACAUGUAACGAUGUGCCUCAAGGGCAAAGCUCUGUCGGCAUUGACGAAGGCAGUGGAACAGGAGAGUGUGCCGCUCGCUGAUGGUCUGACGUUGGUCAAACAAGCUGAUUCGCCGAGUGCAGUAGCAGAGCCUCGCUUCUUCACUGGAAUGUCGACUGAGGACAAGCUCGACACAAUGCUACGAACACGAUUCGAGCAAUUAUUGAACACGCACACUAUUUCGAUGGAUCUUACUUCCGAAGGUAGAGGUAGAGGGAAAAAGGUCAUGCCUUAUAUGCUUCUCGGUAUUUUCACAACUAUGAGCAUUUUUGGAGGAUUAGCUCUGAAGACUUUAGCUGCCAUUGCCGGCAAAGCUCUAAUCGCAAGUAAAGUGGCAUUGACGAUCGCGGGUAUCAUUGCCCUGAAAAAACUGUUCAGCCACGAUGGAGCCACAGGCGAAACUACGUUCCAAGUUCACGCAGAUGGCCACCAUAGGCGAAACUUAUACGUGGUGAGGCCAGCAAGGUCGGGCGCGGUUGAUCCUUACCGCUACUACGCGGAGCUCGAAGACACAAGUGCGUAGCCGUCGGUGCCCUCCGCCUACCUCACACGCACACCUGCCUCGCUGCUCCAUUCGACCCUGCGCUGAAACCCAUACAAAAUAACCUCAAACCAAAGUGCCGUCCACCUAAUGGACAUUAUAUUUAAAACAACCCGAUGUCCACCUUCGUACUCGAAUCUACGUCAGUUAAUAAUUUAAUGUAAUUUAUUUAUUCGUGACUACGGUUGUAGGUAUAUUUAAUUGUAAAAUAAAUUAUUUUAAGAGAAAAUAAAAAUAAUU